AUGAAAUGGGUGGAAGGUGCAAAACAAGGCAUUGCCGUGGCUGGUGGUCAAGGAUAUGGAAAUGGUCUUACACAAUUGUCUUGUCCUCAAGGAGUCGUUGUCAAUCAAUUGGGCACUGCCUAUGUGGCUGAUCGAUGGAAUGAUCGAAUCAUGCGUUGGCCCAAAGGAGUCACACAAGGAAGUGUCAUUGUUGGUGGAAACGGUGAAGGAGGACAAUCCAACCAACUCAAUUGGCCCUUCGGUUUGUCAUUCGAUCGACACGGUAAUCUCUAUGUCGCCGAUUAUGGAAAUCAUCGAGUACAAAAAUUCAAUAUCGAAUUCAAGAGCGCCAAAGAGAUAUGCAGAGUUGAUCUCGGUGUGGGUACAUUGAGGUUAAAAGAAAAACCUACCCCCUAAUCGCUUUAAUUUUCGUUCUGUUUUGGAAAACAUUACGAAUUUGAAUUGUCUUCGAAAGCUAAGUUGUAAUAAUUUGGUAACACACUUUUCCAAUUUAUGAAACGGCAUUCUUGGGGGAUAUACAAUGAAUUUAUAGUGCCCACGAAAACUGAGCCAGAUAUAAGGAGUUAUUUUCGGUCUAAAGUAAACGUUUUUCAUCCUGAAUUUUGUUAAUUACCAUUCUGAAUUAAUUGUAGUGCAGUAUCAUAUAGAAUGCUAAAUAGCCAGUAAUAUUCAGGUCACAUUUUCAUUAGAAAAAUUUGGAAGAUUCAGAGGUGUUGCCAAUGUCUCAUCACAUACUAACACCGGAAACUGCUCUAAUAUUCAAAUAUUAAUAAAUCUGAAAUGAGAAUUUUAAUAUCAGAAAUGAAUACCUUAAACACACUGUGCCUUCUAGUCUGUAAUAGGAAUGUUUUCUGGAUUUAGAUGCCUUUUCAGCUGUGUUGAAUAACUAUUUCAAAGCAAAAUAUGUGGAACCUGUGCAUUGUCAAGGAAUCGUAUCGUCAAAGAAGAGAAAACACUGGAAACAUAGUUAGAUAUUACUCAAUGUUAUUUAGUGUGUGUGCCUAGUCCACAAUUUUUGAUAGAAUUGUGCGUUUACUCUCAAAAUAAGCACAUGAAAUAUGAAAAAGUACAACGACUAUUGUUAGUAUUACGUCAAGGAAUCGAUGGGUUCUCCAAAUCUCUUAUGGGUCGAUUCAAACAUCCAAUAUACUACUUUUGUCGCUGGAUAAGAAAAGAACAAGAAGUGCCA